CACACGUCACCGGCCACUCCCGUCGUCGUUGCCAUUUUCCUUCCUCUGGUUUAUAAUAGAUUCGAUUAUUUUGUCAUAUUGAAAUAAAAUCGAAGGUUUCUUUCUUCUUCCCAACGGUAUUCAUUCAAUUUAUCGAUUCUUUACAUUCCCUUUUCUUUGGAUUUCGAUUUUGCUCUGAUUCCUUUGGCAGAUUACUUUAUAUUCCCUCUUCCAUAAAAACCCUUCUUUUGAUUCAGAUUAGUCAAUUCCUCCGAAAUUUUCAUUUGAUUUUCUAAAAGAUCCAAUUUGAUUUUCCGAAAACCCUAAAAUUUGUGUGUUUUUGAUCGAUUCCGAUCCUCCGAUGAAGAAGAUAUGCGUGAUUUUCCUUGUAGUUUCCUUCUUCUUCUCCUCCGCGUGUUCCGACGAAACUUCUGACCCGUACCUGUUGCCGAAGCCGUCGAUUCUCCAGUACCCGUCGGAACACGAGAAAGUCGACGGCGAGGAGGUCAAUUUAUAUUGCACGAGCUGGAGAUUCGCGGCGGAGACCAACAAUCUCGCGCCGUGGAGCACGAUUCCGGCGGAGUGCGCCGAUUGCGUGAAGGACUACGUGAUGGGUAGAGGUUACGCCAUCGAUCUGGAGAGAGUCUCUGAAGAGGCUUCGAUCUUCGCGAGCAGCGUCGAGUUCUCCGGCGACGGCAAAGAUAUUUGGGUUUUCGACAUCGACGAGACUCUCUUGUCCAAUCUUCCCUAUUACAUUGACCAUGGCUUCGGGCUUGAGCUAUUUGAUCACUCGGAGUUUGAUAAGUGGGUAGAGAGAGGAGUGGCACCAGCCAUAGCACCAGGCUUGAAGCUUUACCAAAGAGUGAUUGAUUUGGGUUAUAAGAUUUUCUUGCUUACAGGCAGGAAAGAGACCCACAGGCUUGUCACUGUUGAAAACCUCAUCAAUGCUGGUUUCCAGAACUGGGACAAGCUUAUUCUCAGAUCUCCAGAUGAACAGCACAAAAUGGCGACGCUGUACAAAUCUGGGAAGAGGGAUGAGAUGGUGAAAGAGGGAUAUAGGAUUAGAGGCAAUUCAGGUGAUCAGUGGAGUGAUUUGUUGGGUUCCUCCAUUUCUCAACGAUCUUUCAAACUCCCAAAUCCAAUGUAUUAUAUCCCCUGAAGAGUGAAGACAAGAGAGCACCGUGUAGAUACCAGAGAGAAUGAAAAUGUUGUUAUUUUGAUUGCCUCCCGCUUGUAAUUUGUCAGCUAUUAAAUGUACUAAUGACAGAAUGCUAUGUUUCAGAAACGCUUCUUUCGAUAAUAAUAAUGUGGUAUAGAGUUGACAUAAAUCUUACUAACAUCCAUUUUGUUGUCGACAUUGUCUGUAAGACUAUGGAUUGCUAAGAAACCAUCAGUUUUCAAAGUUUUUUUUAUCCCUUGUAUAUGAUUUCUUUGGUAGGAUAAAAAUUGAAAAUUUAACAGAAAAGAUGGAAGAACUAGAGAAUUCUAAACCUCCAAAUUUUUCAAAGAAAUCUUGAUACCUUUUUUUCUUUUCGAUAUUGUGAAAUCUUGAUACUUAUAGCAUUAUAACCCAGACAUGACUGCAUGUUCUUUGAAAAAAUAUUAGUCGAAAACCCUAUUUUUCAUGUGGAAGAAGUGACAACUAAACUUGUUCUUUGCAAGUAUUAUCAAAGCGUUGAUAUUUUGCUUCACAUUUAUCAGAUAUGCAACAACUCAAUGGUUUUACAAAAUCCUUGAUUUCCUCAUCUUAGUUACUGUAUUCUUCAGGUUCAGAGUGAACUGUGAAGACCUCUCAAAAUCAACUUCCAGGGUAUAACUCUUGUUUUUCAAUAAAUGCUGGUUUUUUUUGAGCCAUAUACUAUAUACAAAAUACAUCAUUUAGCACAAAGUUUGAGAACAAAAGACCAAAUAUACUAAUUUAAAAUAAAACUAGGCUAAGAUCUUCGUCUUACCGGAAUGAAUAUUGUAUAUACAAAUAUUUUUACACACUGUUAUUUAUUUAUGUUCUUUAAUAGAUUAUGAAAUAACAAACAUAUAUUGAAUAAUUAAAAAUUCAGUAACUAUUACAUAUAUAAUUAAAGUGCCGCAAUCACAUAAAUCAAAAUGAUCACUGUUAUUUAUUUACAAUCAUUUAUGGUAAAUAAAUUCAAAAAAAACCAUUUAAUCUAUUUUAUAUAAUAUAUAAUAAAAUUUAAAUGGUAUUAACAUCUCUUUAUAUAUAAAGAAGAGUUUUUUCUCUCCUGGUGCUGCCACCUACGAUUCCAGCUAGGAAAGUCGAAUCCUGUGAGCAUGACACGUGUCCCGCCUCCAAAACGCAUCACUUCAUUUAUUCCAAAAAUAUGACAGGUUGCGUUAUGUGUUUGGGCUUUGUGUUUUCUCAUGAAAGGGUUUUUUCUCAUGAAAGGGUUUUUUCUCUUCUGGUAAUACCACCUAGGAUUCCAGCUAGGAAAGUCGAAUCAUGUGAGCAUGACACAUCUCCCGCCUCCAAAACGCAUCACUUCAUUUAUUCCAAAAAUAUGACAGGUUGCGUUAUGUGUUUGGGCUUUGUGUUUUCUCAUGAAACUCAGCCCAAUGUCAAAUGACGUAAGCCUCUCCAGCCGUGUUUCUUCAGAAUUUAGGGUUCAUCACGUUUUUUGUUCUACGCCGUUUGAAAGCUUGAGAUGCUGGACUCGACGUGAGGAAUCUAUUCGAUAGGUUUCGAUCGCGUCAUUUGAUCUUCCAGGAUGGUGUAUAAGACGAAUCGUCAUGAGGCAUCUCUGGUCGAGUUUCAUUGGUGUCGUUUCAUUUGAGGUUCUUCUCCUCUGAAACUAGGUUUGGGAUCCAUUGAAGUCUCCAUAAACAACCAUCUUUACUUCUUCGACUACAACAUAAGCUUAUUAUCUCUCUUCAGGUGAUCCUUCUUCCAUCAACACAUACUCCUCGAUUCUAAGGAGACAUGGCCAAAGCCAUAACUGUGAACUCCUUCAGAUCUUACUCUGUCCGACAGAUCUUCCGAGCAUCUCACGGUUUCGGCGAUUCUUGCUUGGCUUAACAAUAGCGGCAGUGAAGAUGGCGGUUCUUGCUUGGCUCAAAGGCGGGGAUUGGAGCAUGGUGAAUCGAGAGUGGUUCGGGCAGGACGAGGUUUGGCUUAAAGCUCCGAUGAGGCGAUGCUGAUAAUAGUGACAUCCAGUGAUUUUGGUUACUUACUCUGAACAUUACCAGGAUCCUUCUGAUGUAUCUACAGGUUUGUUCAGUGGGCUCAGCGAGCAAUCGAUACAUCACAUGUUGAAGCAGCGAGUAAUGAGAAUGGUAUUGGUUUUGUUAAGCUUAUGGAUGUUACAGUGGUAAGUUUUUCUCUUCGUGUGUUUCUGCUUAGAAAAUUAGUGUUAAAAGACUUUUUGAGCUGUUAAUGACUAAUAGCUAUUCGAUGAUUUACAACAUGAUUCAUAGCGCUGUAUAAUAUAAGCUAGCAGAGAUGUCAAUUGCUCAUUACUCUUGAGUCAGCAUUUUGUCUCGAAUGGAAAAGGUGGACUCUUGGAGUUCAUUGAGAAACGGAUCAAGGUGAAUGGUCACAAGGUGAUUGUUCUUGCUGAAGAAGCAGAGCGAGAAUUGAUGUGCAAAAGCAUGGAAUCUAACAGACGCCUCUGAUAACAAGCUUCUUAAAGAUUUCGCUUUUGGCUACCACAAAGCAUCAAGAAAACCAAGUUAAGAAAGAAACGAAGAAAGUUAGGCUGAUAAUUUGAAUCAUUCUUGCGAUGCCACCAAGUACGAGACAGAGCUGCGUUACGACGCGAAUGUUACGGGCAUGAUAAGUUAUACCCACAUCGGUGAAUUGUCAGGAAUAUCGGCGUACAAGAGCUGUUUCUGUGCUUUCCGGUUAAAGGAAUCAAAGUUGACGUGGCUCUGGUCUUAUAUACUUCGACAUUGUGUUGUUCGCGAGCAAUACUCACUCUUCUCUUUGUUCAAUACAUUGAAAGAUUGUGUUGCUGUUCGUGGUGAAAAAUCAGGGAUUAAGUAUUAUUAAGAUUGCUAGAUGAAGUUUGAGUAUUGAUCUCUCUUUCAUAUGAAUUUCUUUCUAAGUAACUCAGAUGUGUUUUAGUAUGAAGUUUAUGGAAAGUGUGUCCAUAUGAUGAUAACUCAGAUGUGAAACCAAAGAUAAUAUUAUGUAUAUUUAUCUCUUUCAGAUCA